AUGAAAGUGCAUCCAACCACCGAUGACGACGAUCUCACUUGCCCAAUUACACUCCAGCAUGGUACAAGUUCAUUUACUCGGCAACUUUUGCGGGUUGAAGAUCUAAGAUCCGAUGAUAUUUUGAAACAACAUUCUGCUAGUUACCAAGCUCAGUCCAGUCGAGUGAAAUUACCACCAAUUCAAUGGCAAAUGACAGUCAAUCGCACUACUAGUAACCCAGCAAGUACACUAAUGCAAACCACAAUAAGAUCUGAACAAUCGAAUCAAGAAAAUCAAGAAUCGACGAAUUCCUCUCAUAAAGCUACUUGUAAUUGUUCUAGUGAUUGCUUUGGAAUUAGUUUGUGGCCUUGGAAAUGA